GUCGCCGCCGGUGUCGCCGCCGGUGUCGCGCGUGUCGCUGCCGCUGUUGCCGGGGUUCCCGGUGGGGCUGCUGUGCCUGCCGGGGCUCCUCUUCUUCCCGGGGCUCUUCGUGCUGGCCCGCAGGGCGCUGGUGGCCGCCACCGGCUGUCCCCAGGGCAGGGCCACCGUGCUGGCCGCCAGGCUGGUGUCCUCUGUCCAGGCUGUCAUGGCCUCCACAGCCGGGUACAUCAUCUCCAGCUCCUGCCAGCACGUCAUCGAUGACCAGCACUGGCUGGCCGCCGCCUACCUGCCAUUCGCGGUUCCGUACUUUGUGUACGACGUGUACGCCAUGUACCUGUGCCACCUGCAGCGCGCCCAGGUGAAGGGACACAGCCCCGGCGGCGCCGGCGCCUUCCUGUGCCACGAGAGACUCAUGGUGCUGCACCACGGAGCCAUGGUGCUGGUCUGCUUCCCUGUGGCCACUGUGUGGCGUCAGGGCAAGGGCGAUUUCUUCCUGGGCUGUUUGUUGAUGGCCGAGCUGAGCACGCCCCUGGUGUGUCUGGGCAAGGUCCUGAUCCUGCUUCACCUGCAGCACACGGCCCUGCACAAACUGAACGCCGUGGCGCUGCUGCUGACCUUCCUGCUGUGCUGGGUGCUGCUCUUCCCCUACCUGUACUGGGCCUACGGGCGCCAUCGCGGCCUGGCCCUGCUGCGCGUCCCCUCCGCCCUGCCCGCGGCCUACAACAUGACCGCCAUCGCCAUGGCCACCCCGCAGCUCUACUGGUUCAGCCUCAUCUGCCGCGGGGCCUGGCGCCUCUUCCGACCGGCGGGGAGCCCGCCCAGGCCACCCUGAGUGACCACUGGGUGACCGUGGGUGGCCACUGAGUGACCAUUGAGUGACCACUGGGUGGCCACUGGGUGGGCGCUGAGGGGAAGGCCUGAGGGGGGAGCUAGGCCCAGAGCGAUGGGGGAGGGGAUGGGGCGGCCUGAGGGGUCUUGGGGUGUCCUAAAGGGAUGUCCUGAAGUGUUCUGGGAGUUCUGUGGGGUCUUUGUGGGGUCUUUGUGGGGUCUCUGUGGGUCCUGGGGUCUCUGUGGGGCACGGUGACAACAUGGCCACUGCCGCCAUCAUGGCCACCCCACAGCUCUACUGGGGUCUCUGUGGUUCUGUGUGGUCUGUGGGGUCUGUAUGGGGUCUCUGUGGGGUCUCUAUGGGGCACCCUGAAGGGUUCUGGGGUCUCUAUGGGGUCUUUUUGGGGUCUCUGUGGGUCUGUGGGGUCUCUGUGGGGCACAGUGACAACAUGGCCGCCGCCGCUAUCAUGGCUGCCUCACAGAUCUACUGGGGUCUGUGGGGUCUUUGGGGUCUCUGGGGUCUCUAUGGGGUUUCUUUGGGGUUUCUUUGGGGUCUCUGUGGGU